AUGGCCGCCGGGAGGAAGGUGAUGGUGAGCAACGCCGGCGUCGCCGCCGCCGCGCUGGUGGCGCUGCUCGUGGUGGCGGCAGCGUCGGGCGCGGCCGGCAAACUGUGCGGCAUCAACCCGUCAAGCUUGGCGGACGAGUGCCGGUCGUACUGCAGGUGGGGCAGCACGGACAGCGCGCCCAGCGGCCAGUGCUGCUCCGCGCUCAAGGGCGCCCAGUUCUCGUGCCUCUGCCGGUACAAGAGCGCGCUGCCGUCGGACAUCGACCCCAAGCGCGCCAUGGAGAUCCCGAACAAGUGCGACGCCGGGGCGCCCACCUCCUGCAAGUGA